AUGGGGGGUGGUUGGAAUCGAUUUCCUCUUCAUGAGGCUAUCGCAAGAACAAAAUUGUUUGUGAAAAACAUUGACGGUGAAGCAAAUAGGCAGGCUUCACAUAAGUGGAGUAAAACUAGUGGAGGUAAUAGGCAGGAGAACAACACGUCAAUGAACGGAGGAGGCAAGCCAACUAAAAACCAUCAAGCCAAAGCUAAUACCGGAAUAGGAACAGUCGAAGCUGAUAUCAUUUAUCAAGCACCUCCAAAAAUGGGUAGAUGGAAGCUUUGGGUGUGUGUUAGCUUACUGUUGUUAUCACAAACAGAUGCACGACCGUUGGUUGAGCCAUUUGAGAACCGGAAGAGCCUCACUGCACCCUUUAAAGCCAUGUUCGAGCAGAAAGUGGUGGGAUUAGGGUACCAAGUAAGAGACGCUAAGGAUCAGGUAAGCGGGUAUACACCAUCACGUGUCAGCCCUGGAGGACCUGAUCCUAAACACCAUUGA